GAAUCCCUUGUGGAACAUCCACGUUGUUCCGGAACUCAUAUGUUACUACUAAUGACGAGAUCGAACACAACCAGAUCCCUCCCCAGCCCAUGGCCCCUCAGGCAGACUGCUCCUCUACACCUCUAAAAGACUACGACACGUUCCCUCCAUCCCUCCCUCCCUCCUUCCCCCCUCCGCAGAACCCUGGCCGCAUGCUGGAUGACUCGUUCUUCGAGCCUCCAGAUCAGCCACUCCCCCAGCCCCCGUCUCAGGCCGCCACGGACCUCCGGAUGCACCUUGGCCUUAAGUCCACUGGCAACUAUGUGGACUUCUACUCUGCAUCCCGGCCCUACUCCGAACUCAACUACGAGACCAGCCACUACCCGGCUUCACCUGACUCCUGGGUCUAAAGACAGGAGUCYCAACUUAACAUAGGUCCUGGAGAGAUACAGGCUGGUGUAGGGUUUAGCUCCAGCCCAACACUAACAAACAGCACACCUGCAAGGUGUAAUGAACCAUUGAUUUGAGGAUAUUAGGUUUAUUAGUGCUGGGCUGGAACAAAAUCCUGCAUAUUCCCGUAGCUCUCCAGGAUUGAGAGUGAAGAACACUGGUGUAGAGUAAAUCGGGGGUGCGAGGUUAAUGUUAGUAACCAACGGCAAACAGGGAUUGAAGGGGCUUAGGGGGUUGUGAGGGGUUGAGGUGUGAAGAGAGACUGCGCAUGUGCAUGAAUACCACAAGACAUUUUGCUGCCAGUUCAGUUUGUUCAAAGCUUGUUCCACUGGGAAAGGGGGUGGAUGGAUGUGUCAGAGUGAGAGUGAGAGAGUGAGAGAGUGAGAGAGAGAGAGAGAAAAGUCCUUGACAGAAGAAAAGAAAGAGAACAACUGAAUGAUGACGGAAGGCUCUUGCCUCUUUGGAGGUGCAUUGCUUGACUUUCAGAAAGGACGAGGAGAGGAGGAGUGGAGAAAUGGAAAGAGGAAGAGUUGUGAGGAAGAGAGAGGAAGAGAGGAA